CACAGAGAGGAAGCUAUGGAGCAGAUGAAGAUGAAUCCAUGGACCCUCUCUGUGCUCCUGCUGCUAGCUGGGCCGCUGGGGGCGGACCCUGACUCCUUCCGCGUGGUGGAGGGCUCCACCGCCACCAUCCCCUGCAGCUUCAUCCACCCCGCGGGGCUCCGGGUGAACCGCGUGGUCUGGUGCGCCAAUCACGGGAUGUGCCACGGCACCACGCCCAACGUGUACGACAGCAGCAACGUCCGGGCCGACAUCAGGUUCCUGUACCUGGGGGACCUCGUCAGGAACUGCACCUUAAAGAUCAUCAAGACGGAGAAACAGGACGCUGGAACGUACCGCUUCCGCUUCGAGACCAACGGCGUAGGGUACACCGGACCGAAAGGAGUCGUAGUCACUGUCACUAAUGGAGAGGAUGUGAAGGUCAGAAGCUCCGUCACUGACCAUGUGGUGAAAGAGGGCGGUCAGGUCACACUCACCUGUACCUCAGCCUGCUCCUUCCACCAAUUUGACGUCCACUGGAACAGAAAUGGCCACGCCCUAUCAGAGACAGGCCCCGCCCUCCACCUCAGCUCUCUGACCAAUGACGACGCAGGGGAUUACACCUGCUCUCUGGACUCCAGUGGGCAGAACACCUCUGCGCCUUGGAGUCUGGUCGUGGUGGAAGAUGAAGGAUUCCACAGGUCCGUCCACCUGGAGGUUGCCGUGGUGAAGGGCGUGGUGUUGGCGGUUCUCCUUCUCCUCCUGGCUGGGGUUGUCUUUGCUAAAUGGUGCUCAAACAAAACCAAUCAAAUGUAAAAAAGCUGUUUGUCGAUAUGAGACAUUGAAGUUGAUUUAAAGAAAACAUAUUUGUACGCGUAAAGAUUAAAGUAGAGAUGUUCAUGUUAAUAAAUGUGUUACAGUGAUUGUAUUUUAGAAUAAUUAUUUUGUCAUAUUGGAGUAAAUUCCAUUGCCGUCCCUGUGGGCUGUGGCUGACGGCUGGUCUCAGCAGCCUCACCUGGCCUGAGUCAGACUGAGAGACUCUGGGGCUGGUGGGGCUGCACACCUGUUGUGCGUUGGCUAGUCAAUGCUCACAGGUUAAACCAGCCGUCACCACACACACUCAGGAGAUCACCUAGAUGGCAGCAUUGAUCACCAUCUUCAUGUGUCAGGGACUUCAACCUCCGCAAUAAACCAGUUUGUACUUCA